CGGCUCUUUGCGCGUGAGAGAAAUUUCCGAUUACGCACGCAGUCUUCCGCCGAGUUAAAAAUUACGACUACUUAAUUAUAUUUCCCAACUCAUUCUUCGAAAGCUUUCUUACGAUUACUUCCUGGAGAAGAACAUUUAACGCUUCUUUGAUCUUUGAACUGUUUUUUCGUGGAUCUGGUCAGAAACAUAGUUCCAUUAUUUCAGUUUUCUUAUCGGCAGCUUCCAUUUCCAUUUGCCUCUGCUGUAUAGCUGGGCCUGUUGUAAGAUCAUCUUAGGAAGUCGGCGAUUCUGCUGGUUGAAGUCCUAUUGAGCUACUUUUUUCGUUGCUUUUUGCUGGGCUUUUGAUUGAAAGUGAUCUGAUUUACAUUUUUCGAGGGAAAAGUUGAGGAGCUGCUUUGGUCCUAGGAUUCUAAUUACGGAGGUCUCUUCAACAACAAGAACAAAGGAGGAUUGGCGGUAUAUAACGAAAUGAUAAAAUUUUUGCAUUCUUUUGGCGGAUGUAGGGGUUUAUCGGGGGUUAAGGCAUUGAUAAAAUGAGAAGUGUAUCAAGCCCUUGGAAUGGCAAUUCAACGAAUUUUAAGUGGUGUCACGGUCAGCUUUUGCAUUCUUUUGUUUCUUCUUCUCACUUCAGCGAGUAACUUGAAAGAAAGGGAAGAAACACGAACAGACUUCCUUAGCCAGCUACUCGAUCCGUCAUCUGGAUUGUUAUUAGACGACAACACGGCUGACCAGUUAUGGUCCUCAUGCUUGGUGGGUUUGAUUCAGUUAAAGGAAGAGGUAGAAGAUCUUGUCAUGUGGUUCCCGCAAGAAUCAUCCCGUAGCACUGAUGAAAAUUCGAAAAUACAAUAUAGAUUGAGAGAAAACAUCCAAACAUUUAUUAAUGCUCACCAUCUGCAGUUAAAGCAAGCUUUUCUUCAUUGUCUGGCACAGAAUGAUCUGCCAUUCCGUGUCUCUGGAGAAGAGGCUAAUUCUAAGACAUGGCAUGCCUCGUUUAUAGAAUCUAUGUUUUCCAGAUCCAGCAUUCUUAGAAGAAAUUUGGCUGAGAAUCCUCAACAUAUAUCAGUAGCACCUAGUCCAGGUCCUGCUGUUAUGUCCCCAGCUCGGAGUCCAGUUCCAUCACCUGAGCUGGCCCCUUCACCUUUCAUCUCUCAAGCUCCUAAAUCUCGGCACCCUUCUUCAUCGCCUAGAACUCCAUUCUUCCAACAGCUGGAGCCUCCACCAACUGGGGAUGCCACUGCACAGCCAUCUUCAGAUGCUAAUAUACAGGCAGAUAAGAAAAGUAAUCACAAAAGAACAGUUGUUCUUGCCGUAGUAAUAACUGCUUUUGUGACAUUUGUAAUUGCAGCACUGGUAUUUUUAUGCUGCGGUAGGUUUUAUAAGACUGGUCGAGGUAAACGAAAUGAUGAGAGGCCCCUUCUCAGCUUGAGCAUGGGCGACUACUCUAUUGGAUCUUCCCAUUAUAUUUUUGGAAAUUCAGUCAAAGAGGAGAAACUUGGGUUUCAGUCAUCAAGUAACAACACUGGUGACCACAAAAUGAUAUCAUCGGUGAAUGCCAAUUCCCAUGUCAGCUCCAAUAUUUUCCAUACCACAGUGCAGGAAGCUCAAUCAAUAGGAGCUGUCAGUUUUGCUGCUGGAUCAUCAAUUGAACAAAAACCUCCUCCUGGGAAGGAGGGAACCACCACUUCCGGAUUGCCUCCUCUAAAACCUCCUCCCGGCAGGGUGGGAACCACCAAUUCUGGAUUGCCUCCUCUAAAGCCACCUCCUGGGAGGGCAGGAACCACCACUUCUGGAUUGCCUCCUCUAAAACCUCCUCCCGGCAGACUGAACCCCCUCCCCCCUGAACCGCCUUUCAGAGCUGAUACUGCUGCUCCACCCCCUCCACCUCCUGCACCUUCACACCCUGUAAAAUCUCACUCUGAAUCUGGAGGAGUUCCAACUCCUGGACCUUCUCCCCCUUCUGCACCCCCACAGCCUGUGACACUUCAUUCUAAUGCUGGUGGAGCUCCGCCUCCUGGACCUCCACCACCACCACCAUCACCACCAAUGCCACCUGGUACCCGACCAGGUGUUCAUCCAUCUCCACCUCCUCCUCCAAAAGGUGGUAUAGCUCCCCCACGACCUCCUCCACCUAUUGGUCCAAAGAUAGGGCAGCUAAAAUCUCCACAGAAUGCAGGAGCUGGUUCAGAAGGGGAAGCCCAUGCUCCUAAAGCCAAGCUAAAACCUUUUUUCUGGGAUAAGGUGCAAGCCAACUCAGAUCAUUCGAUGGUCUGGAACCAGAUUAAAUCAGGAUCAUUCCAGUUUAAUGAAGAGAUGAUAGAGACUCUUUUUGGCUACAGUAAUGUGGAUAAAUGCAAAGGCGAACCGAAGAAACAGUCAUCAUCCCAAGACCCUGCAACUCAGUUUAUCCAGAUAAUUGACAGGAAGAAAGCACAAAAUUUGUUGAUUUUGUUGCGAGCCUUGAACAUCUCAACGGAAGAAAUUUGUGAUGCACUUCAUGAGGGAAAUGAGCUUCCCUCAGAAUUUCUGCAAACCUUGCUGAAGAUGGCACCAACAUCCGAGGAAGAACUUAAACUUAGACUUUUCAGUGGUGAAAUGUCCCAACUUGGCCCUGCAGACCGAUUCAUAAAAGCUUUGGUUGACAUUCCAUUUGCUUUUAAACGAAUGGAAGCAUUGCUUUUCAUGAGUACUUUUCAAGAGGAUCUCACUGCUACUAAGGAGUCCUUUGCAACUUUAGAGGUUGCAUGUAAGGAGCUAAGAAGCAGUCGGCUGUUCCUCAAGCUUCUAGAAGCUGUUCUUAAAACCGGAAACCGAAUGAAUGAUGGUACAUAUCGUGGCGGUGCACAAGCAUUUAAACUUGAUACGCUACUGAAAUUGUCUGAUGUGAAAGGAACGGAUGGCAAGACCACACUCUUACACUUCGUAGUCCAAGAGAUAGUCCGCUCUGAGGGCAAAAGAGCUGUUCGACUGGAAAAAGAAAACCAGGGUUCCUUUGACAUCAAAAAAGAUGGCUGUCUUGAGGAUGUAUCUGAUGAAACUGAGGAACGCUAUCACGAUCUUGGUCUUCAGGUGGUUUCACAUUUGAGCAGCGAACUAGAAAAUGUUAAGAAAGCAGCGGCUAUUGAUGCUGACAGCUUAACGGGAACUGCUGCCAAACUUGGCCAUGGCCUCCUUAAAAUCAGAAAUUUUGUGAACACUGACUUGAAGAGCAUAGAGGAAGAUAGAAAAUUUUGUCAGGCGGUGAAGGCUUUUGUGCAGGAUGCUGAGAAUGAUGUCACUAGUCUGCUGGAAAAAGAGAAGAACAUCAUGGCUCUGGUGAAGAGCACUGGUGAUUAUUUCCACGGGAAAGCUGGGAAAGAUGAAGGAUUGCGGUUGUUCAUGAUUGUACGGGACUUCUUGAUGAUGUUAGAUAAGGUGUGCAAGGAGGUGAAAGACGCCCAGAAGAAGCAAACAAAAGCUCAAAAGCAAGAGGCGCCUAAAGCAUCAUCUUCCUCUGAUGUUCGUUCAUCACCUGAUUUUCGUCAGCUGCUAUUCCCAGCAAUUGCAGAUAGGCGGGUGAAAGACGAUAGUUCAGACGAGGAGAAUGAACCUUGAAGUUGUAUUGGGAUUAUUCUUUCGCCAUAUUUUUUUGACAUGUAUUUUUGACAUUUGUUUCUUCCAUUAUUUGUUACAGAUAGAUCCCCUUCAUUUGUAGAAUAGUACUUGCAUUUGAUAGCAUAUUGCCAUCUAUAGAUGAGGAUGUUACAUGCUGCAAGAUAUUCAAAUCUAUAAUUACAACA